AUGUUGGCGUUUCGUUCGUAUACAUUUUGUGCGCUUCUGCUGCUGCUUCGACCUGGCUACUUGAAGGCUUCGCCGCUCAUUGAGUUGGUCGCAUCAUCACACAGCAGCUUCAUCCACAAUGUCAUAGAGAAAGUGUUCAGGGAAAGACAAGUAGAGACACUUCUGUAUAUGAACCGUCGACAGAACUUCAAUUGUCCUUCGAAGGAAGUCACUAUAGAUGGAUUGGCUACUCUGCGCUUGGAUGAGAAAACCUUUAUCAACGUAAAGGGGACCUUCAAUAAUGAAGUUCUCUGCCUGGUCUGUAUGACUGAGAUGACAGAUGUCCUGCUGCUGCACACCCUGGCCCAGAACCUUGAAGGAAUGAGAGGCGCACGUAUCAUAAUUCUGCUGCAGACUAAGUCAUCCAAUCUUCAAGAUGAUUUCGCUAUAAUCGGUGAACAGGCCAAUAAUUACAAUUUUGUCAGUCUGAUCGUGUUGCACUCUACUUCAUUCGAUGACAAAGAGCCGAUUGUCGCAUAUCGUCUUCAGCCGUUCCCCAGUCCAAGUUUUGCAACUAUUAGCAAUAUAAAUAAUGAACAGAUUUUUCCGAAAGUGGGGCGUGACUUCAAAGGAAAAACGGCUCUCAUUUUACCCGAUCUGCUCCCUAUUCGUAGCAUGAUGACAAUCAACCCUCGCACUGGAGAGAAAUCUCUUAGUGGAUUUUCAGAUAGACUAAUUAUGGAGUUUGCCAAGAAAAACAACAUCAAACUUCGUCACCUGAAAGCUGUGGGUGAUUCUGAGUAUGUUGAAAUCGUCGAUAAUAUGUAG